AUGUGGUUCCGAGGGAAUCCCACUCGUCUUCAGAGUGUAUACUAUACUAUAAUAUCUAUCUAUCUAUCUAUCUAUCUAUCUAUCUAUCUAUCUAUCUAUCUCAGCCUGUUCAUUUCUAUCUCUCUCUCUAUCUAUCUAUCUAUCUCAGCCUGUUCAUAUCUAUCUAUCUAUCUAUCUAUCUAUCUAUCUAUCUAUCUCAGCCUGUUCAUAUCUAUCUAUCUAUCUAUCUAUCUAUCUAUCUAUCUAUCUAUCUAUCUAUCUAUCUAUCUCAGUCUGUUCAUAUCUAUCUAUCUAUCUAUUGGGGAAAAAUAUAUGAUCAAGUGGAAAAGUUCUCCCAACAUGCUGUUUAUUUUAUUUACAAACCUUAUUUUUUUGAGAGAGAUUUUUUUAUUUUCUAUUUUUAUUUUUAUUUUCCCCAAUAUUGUUUUUAUAUAUAUAAUAACUUAUAUAUUGUUAUCUAUCUAUCUAUCUAUCUAUCUAUCUAUCUAUCUAUCUAUCUGGUGCCUUAUGGCAUAUAAGGCAUCCGCAAAACUUUGUUCUAUUCUGUUCAUAGCCACUAUCCGCACCAGAUGUCUGGGUCGUCAGCGCAUUGCUUCCCUAUUCUUCUUCAUAGUCCUUUGCCCUUCGCCGUGUAGUUCUUGGUCUUUAACUCUUUUUUUCCUUCAGCGGCCCAGUUCAGUAUCACGUUGCAGUCGCUUUGAGGACAGUAGCCCAAACGAUGUAAAUAGUGUAAAUAUUCAUCAUCUAUCUAUCUAUCUAUCUAUCUAUCUAUCUAUCUAUCUCUUCACUGUUUCUCUUUCUUUCUAUCUACCGCUGUCUCUCUCUAUAUAUAUUCAUGUCCAUCUGUCUUCUUUUUUUAUCUAUCUAUCUAUCUAUCUAUCUAUCUAUCUAUCUAUCUAUCUAUCUAUCUAUCUAUCUAUCCUGUAUGCAUGUAUGUCAGUAUCUAUUCUGUAUAUAUAUAUAUAUAUAUAUAUAUAUAUAUAUUCUGUAUGUAUCUGUAUAUUCUGUAUCUAUCUAUCUAUCUAUCUAUCUAUCUAUCUAUCUAUCUAUCUAUCUAUCGUUUCUUUUUAUUUCUUUUCUUCGUGCUUUUCUUCUUUGUCGUCUUCGUUUUUGUUUGAUUUGAUAAUCUCUUUGAAGAUCCGUGAACCAGUUGAGAGUUUCCGUUUGCAGCAAGAAGCGGCAACUUACGCUGCCAGGAUUUUUCCUUUCGUUAGUAUGUUACUGUCACUUACCUAUCUAUCUAUCUAUCUAUCUAUCUAUCUAUCUAUCUAUGUCAUUGCUUUCAUAUCUAUCUAUCUAUCUAUCUAUCUAUCUAUCUAUCUAUCUAUCUAUGUCAUUGCUUUCAUAUCUAUCUAUCUAUCUAUCUAUCUAUCUAUCUAUCUAUCUAUCUAUCUAUCUAUCUAUGUCUAUAUUUCUGAGAUGAGUGUAAAUAUUCAUUCAUCUAUCUAUCUAUCUAUCUAUCUAUCUAUCUAUCUAUCCUGUAUGCAUGUAUGUCAGUAUCUAUUCUGUAUAUAUAUAUAUAUAUAUAUAUAUAUAUAUAUAUUCUGUAUGUAUCUGUAUAUUCUGUAUCUAUCUAUCUAUCUAUCUAUCUAUCUAUCUAUCUAUCUAUCUAUCUAUUGCAUUUAUCUAUCUAUCGUUUCUUUUUAUUUCUUUUCUUCGUGUUUUCUUCUUUGUCGUCCAUUUGAAAUCCAAGAUCCUCACUUAAUCUAUCUAUCUAUUAUCUAUCGAUCUAUCUAUGUCAUUGCAUCUAUCUAUUAUUAUCUAUCCAUCUAUCUAUCUAUCUAUGUCAUUGUUUUCAUAUCUAUCUAUCUAUCUAUCUAUCUAUCUAUCUAUCUAUCUAUCUAUCUAUGUCUAUUUUCUGAGAUGAGUGUAAAUAUCUAUCUAUCUAUCUAUCUAUCUAUCUAUCUAUCUAUCUAUCUAUCUAUCUGUUGCAUUUAA